AUGUUGGCCAUCCAUUUCCGUCGCGCUAGCUCGCUGUCCUUCAACCUUAGCUUCACCACACCCCAAAGCCCUGCUAACCUCAGUGAACUGAUAAUCUGCACCGGGGAUGCGCGCCUCCGUGUGGAUGCGCUUUGGCUGACAAGAAUCAGAUACGACCAACUAGCCCCGAACAGUGUUGGCCGGGUCCAAUAUGCGGAUCCAGUGCCGCUAUGGGACAGAGCUAGUGACGGCAACGUCAUCGGCAUCGGCAACGGCACUGGCGACGGGCUGGCUUUCUUCCUCGCGUCUCCCCAGUCCGGUGUCCCCGCCAACGACAGCAGCGGUGGAGCCUUUGGUCUCCUCCCCCAGGAUCCCAGGUACUGGACCAGCAAUAACGCCAGUGAUGAUAGAAGGAUCACCGUAGUCGAGUUUGACACCUUUCAGAAUGCGCAAUACUAUGAUCCAAGCAAGGACCAUGUUGGAAUCGACGUCAACAACCUCGUCUCCACGGAAUACACCAACACCACUUGGCCCAACACCCUGACGUCCAAUUUCACCAAGAUGACCUGCCUUCCAGAAUCGACGCCAUCCGCCUCAGAGAGCCGCGCGUCGUCCACGAUCUGCCUCGGCCUCCAUAUUUACUCUAGCUUCGGCAUCGUCCUCCUCGACAUUGUCUCCGGCCGGUGCUCCGUGAUCCUGCUGGAAGGCGGUGCGCACUUCGUUCUGGUCAAGUGGAUGUGGGGCCUGUAUGGCCGGAACACAAUCCUCGACGCGGCGGACGAAUGGCUGAGGGCCGCCGGCGACGAGGCCAACGAUAGGUGCAUGGAGAGGGUGCUCGUCGUCGGGCUGUGGUACACGCACCCUGACCAGAACGAACGGUCGUCCAUCGCACAGGCCAUGCACGUCCUGCAGUCAGAGGAUGCCAGGCUUCCGAAGCUCACGCCUCAGAUGUAUAGGACGGUGUCGGAGUUUGCCGUCACUGGACGUGCUAUCGGCGCCUUGUCCGUUCAGAGCUCCUCUUCUGCGACCACGGCGACAAUCGGUGGCCACUCCAAGGUCUCUUCCGAGUCAGCAACCUCUGCCUUGCUUCGAGAUUCAAAAGAGUUGGGUUGA